UCUUCAAUAGGAAACUCAUUUUCUCUCUCUUAACUUAAAUUCUUAUUAGGGUUUCUUUUUUCUCUCAAUUAGUUCAUUUCCAUCAUGUCUUUAGACAUCACCACACAGGCAAAAGAACCUACAAAAGAUGAAUCCCAAAAUUCUACUGGUGGUGGUGCUAACGGCAACGGUGCUAGUGCUCGGAAAACGUCUACUCUUAAGCCACCAGAACAAAUCCUUAAAUGCCCUAGAUGUGAUUCACCAAACACAAAAUUUUGCUAUUAUAAUAACUAUAGCCUUACCCAACCUAGGCACUUUUGCAAGACAUGUAGAAGGUAUUGGACCAAAGGUGGUGCCUUAAGAAAUGUUCCAAUUGGCGGCGGUUGUAGGAAGAGCAAGAAGACACGAUCAAGUUCUUCUUCGAGGUUUAUGAAUGGUGAUUCGGCGUACAAAGACUCAUCUUUGAACAAUAUUGGUGGGCUUAGUUUGUUUAGUGGUCUUUCACCACCAGCCAUGGAUUUUCAACUCAAUGGGCUAAAUAAUUUUUCAUCUUCUUCUUCUACUUCAAUCAAUCACCCACCUUUCAUGAAUCUUGAUUCAUUAAGGUUCAAUUUCCCUUUGAACAAACAAAUUACUAAUCAUCAAUUGCAUGGAGGAUUAUCAAGCUUUCAAGAAAUUGGUGGUCCUAACAAUAAUAUUGCUUCCUCUAUAGAAUCUUUGAGUUCCAUCAACCAAGAUUUACAUUGGAAGCUCCAACAACACCGUCUUGCAACGCUGUAUGGGGGUCGUAGUACUAGUGUUGGAGCAGGAGGAGAAACCGAACAACAAAUUAAUCAACAAAACCACAUAGUUAUAGAACAACAACCUCAAGUUCAAAAGCUACAACCUAUUUUGUUUCAAAAUCUUGAUAUUCCAAAACCUCCCCAAACAACAAUGGAUGGUGAUUUGAGAAAAGAUAAUGGUGGUUUAGAGACUGAGUGGUUCUUCGACGGAAACUAUGCACAGGUGAAUGUAGAUCCAUCAACGACAAUAGCUCAAACCGGUGUCAACAAUGCCGGAAACUAUGAAAAUGAAAGCAUGGGCAAUUGGAAUAAUGGGAAUAUUCAAGGUUGGAAUCAAUUCAAUCAGUACACUGCACUUCCAUAGCUUAUGCUGCUGCAGGUUAAGUUGAAAUAAAUGGAUGAUCACAAAGUGCUCAAAAUCAAACAAAGUUAUUUAUGCUUUUUU